UUCUGUUUUGAUUUAGUAGCAGACCACCGCCAAAUUAAAAGAAGUUCCACUUCCAAAGAGGCCAAAGUUUUUCAAUUUUAUGGAGAGCGGUAUCAGCAUUCUUCAUCAACAUCAAAAUGCACAAGACUUCAGCCAACAUGUCCAAAGAAAAGAAACAAGUACCACCUGAUGGGGGUUGGGGAUGGGUUGUGGUUAUUGGUGUUAGUAUUGUUAAUUUAUGUACGAGAUCAAUAGAGCAAUCCUUUGGACUCCUGUUCGGAGACCUUCUUCGAGAACUAAACAUCGAAACAACAGGAGCUGCAGUUAUAAUGAGUUCUCUAGAUGCUCUAGUCAACUUUUCAGGAUUGCUAGUAGGACCUUUAAUUCGUGCCUUUUCCUAUCGUAAAAUUUCUCUUCUUGGAACAGCGUUGUGCAGUCUUGGAUUGGUACUUACUUUUCCUGCAAGAAGUAUGGCGCAUAUUCUUAUUACCUACAGUAUUGUUAAUGGUUUAGGAGUCGGCUUGGCAUCCUCAUCAACAUUCGUAGCUCUUAGCAAUUACUUCGUUAAGAGACGUGGACAAGCCGUAGGCUUCUCCUUGGCAGGUACAGCUGUAGGUAUGAUGGUGAUGCCACAAGCUAUUCGAUAUCUAUUGGAGUGGUACUCAUUUCGAGGCGCAAUUUUGGUACUUGGAGCAUUUGCCAUGAAUGGUAUUGCGGGCUCCGCGGUACUACAACCCGUUGAGUGGCAUUUGGUUGAUGAGGAAGUUGACGAAGAGGCGGGAGUAUAUCAUCAGGAAAUGGAAACAAUCAAAGAGACUGACGACGAAGAUCUCGACUUACCAGAAGGACAAACAUUAAUCAGCAAAAAUUAUUCAGAAGUAGCGAUGAAACAUUUAGACGAACCGUCGAAACAAGGAGGCCUUACCAGAAAAUCAACAUUCCCCCGUAACUUCUCAACGAUGAGUUUUACCGGGGCUCAAAGAAGGCGAAAAGUUUCGACAGAGUCCUUUUGGUCCAGUUAUUCGAGGCUAGACUUGACUGAUUCGAAUGCGCAGCUACAAUUUGAUUCAAAAGAAAAUCCAGAUACUAUGUACACGCCCUCCAGACAGUUACGGAGAAAUAUGACCUUCCCUGGCAUACCACUAGCAGCAUCACAAAAGAUCCGACCAAUCUCACCACCGAAGGAAGAACCAAAACAAACUGGAUGGCAGAAAGUUGUAGAAUUCAUGGAUCUGGAUCUCCUCAAAUGCCCAAUUUACCUGAAUUUGGUGUUUGGUCUUUCGUUGGCGUUCGUGGCUGAACAAAACUUUAAAACAGUCCUUCCAUUCUUUUUUCUAAAUUUAGGAUACGAUAAAAAGGACGUAGCAACGUUCUUAUCCUUCCAAGCAUUUACUGAUAUUUUGGCAAGACUGAUUUUACCACCUAUCUGCGACCGGGUCAACCUGUCCAAAAAGACGUUUUUUAUGAUAGGAAUUUUCUCUGUUGGCAUAGCUCGAUCAGCAUUGGCCCUACAGACUGAAUGGACGAAUAUCGUCAUAUGGCUACUAGUUUGCGGAUUUGCCAGAGGAGCAACAUUAAUCAACUUCACUAUCACUAUUGCAGAGUAUACGUCCGAAUUUGCAAAUUUAGAAAAACUUCCAGCAGCUUUUGGGCUGCACAUGGUCGGAAAAGGACUAUGUAUUGUUACAUUAGGGCCUCUUUUAGGUUAUAUUAGAGACGCUACAAAUAGUUUUCCAAUUUGCAUUCACUCUCAAACACUCCUCAUCACAAUAGGAUGUUUAGCUUGGGUGACGGAAUACAUCGUGGUGUGGUGCCGCAAACGAAACAAGGCGCCAUCUGUAGCAAACACAGAAACUACGACGAGCACCUGACGUCAAAGUUUUUAAGAAACGUGUAUAAUUCAGUAUUUAUUUAAACGUGAAGAGACGACCAUACCUAAUCACUCUUGUAACAGUAUUAAAGAUUGACUAUUUAGUCAAAAAACAUUCUGUGAUUUAGUCUGUAAGGGUUAUUUUAAAUAAAUACAGCUUUUAUAAAAGAUUUCUUAAUAAAAAAAUUUCGAUG